GAAUCUAUUGUCAAUAUUGAACGCUGUGGUUGGGUAUAAAAAUAAGUUGAUAUGUGACUAGAGUGCAUUUCUCACGAAGCAGCUGAACUGAAGGCACCGAUUAAACAGCCACCAAGAUAAAACAAAAAUCCUGCAAAAAAUCAUGGCACCGAUUGACUUGGACGGAACAUGGAAGCUGGUCAAGAACGAGAAUUUGGACGCCUUCUUGAAGGCGAUGGGCCUCAACUUCGCGGUGCGUAAGAUGGCGGCGGCUGCCACCCCGGUCCUGGAGAUCACCCAGAAGGGAGACGUCUUCAAAGUCAUCUCCAAAGGUGUCAAGACGCAUGAGUCCAACUACACCGUGGGGCAAGAGUUCACCGACAAGAACCCCCUGAACGAGAAGGAGACGAGCACCUACUCGCCCGUGUGGGACGGAGACAAGCUGCGGAUCGACAACAAGAGCAACCCGGAGGCCAUCCACGUUGUCCGUGAGCUGAUCGACGGGCAGUUGGUCCAGACUCAGACCAUUGGGAGCGGAGACAAGGCUGUGGUUAGCAAGAGGAUCUUUGCUAAGAAGUAGACGCUGGACGCAGACACAAUGGACAGGCAUCAACGAUGCGGUACAAUCAUCUUAUCUUACAGACUUGGUAGAACUAGCAAGCAGCAUCAGUCAGAUACCCAAAGUCAUCACACAAACAGAACUCUGUGAAUUGCGGGAUUCGUCUUGUCUGUAUACUAAUUAUGCCAAUUUUCGUUUAUAAUGUUUGCAUAUACGGACUUCAUCAUUAAUAUAAUAAUGUCAUUAUUUUGUCUGCCUUGUUUGGUUGAUGGUGUCGGGCCAUGUUGAUUCAUGUUGAGCAUACAUGUAUCAUGGCACACACACAAUUAUCUCUUAUCUUGUUCUAGCGUCAGUAGACCCAUCUAUUAAGCCCGCCUCCAUGAUAUAUUGACCAAUCGCAGCAUUGAUUAAUAUCCGACAAAGGUCUCGUGCGUUGUGGGCGGGGCUUAACUGAUCAGUCGUUUAAGUGUCACCUUCAGUUUGACUUUUAAAGAUCUUUCAUUUACUUUAUUGUGGUUUUUUAAAAUCAAAAUACGACGUUUACAUUUUCACAGCACAGCAUGUAAAUUGUCGAGUCCACGGAAACGUUUCUAAACUACAGUUUAAACUCACUCAUUUGAAUUGAGUCUUGUCAGUAUUUUACUAGUAGUAUAGCCGAUAUAAAUAGUAAUAUAAACAAAUUAGAAAGCAAAUUUAAUAUUUUAUAGAAACUUUUUUAAAUGCACACGUUACUUUUUAAGCUCAUCUGUAUUUUCUCAACAGUUCUGUCAUGUUAUAAGAUAGCAUGUUGUUAAAACAACAACAUGGGUUGUGUUGUUAGUCAACUCGUGACAGUUGAAAUAAAAGCAUAACUCUGUUGUCGUAAAGCAAGCAUCGAAUGCACUUAUUAACUUCAAAAAGCUGCGCUCUAACAGGUGUAUUUAUAAUUGAUUGAUCAUCUUUUU